CAAUUCUUCUCAAAUGUUAUGUCCAAAACAAGUACAAAUUGUGGUACUCUCUGACAAAAUUUACUCUCAUGAAUAUGUUGUAGUAUAGAUUGUGGUAUUGUUGGACAAACUAGCCCAUAUCCUAAUGAAGGCCCGGAAGAAUUAGCCGGAACAUGAAGGCGUCCAAGGAGGAGCAUUAUGCUUACAGAGUGCGUGACCGGUUGAGGAAGGAGGUGCUGGUUCCACUCCGGAAAGUUGCUUGGGGUUGCCUGUCGGUUUAUAUUGGUGCAAACAGCUGGGAUUCGAUUCCAUAUAACAGAGUAGCCAAAUACAUAUUGCAUCAUAGCCAGGCCCUAGGAAAAUUGGCCAUCGCCAAUCCGAUCGAAUGGGGCCCGAAGGAAUUGUACCAUAACCAUGCCACUUUGGUUUGUAACCAUGGCGUUUGAACUUUAGAUUUAGAGUGCAUUUGGGAUUUGCGGUUAGAUGCCUUUUUUAGUAGUUAUAUAGAAAUUUUAGAGACAUAUUAGUCUCAAUUUCUAAUGAAAAUUGGAAUUUCAA